CCCGGAAAAACAGAACAACAAAACAACAAAACAAAAUUUCGGAGAGAGAGAAAAAAAAAUCAUGUCUCUCGCAACAACUCUCGCCGUCCUCGUCCUCCUAUCACCGUUGUCCACGUCAUCAACCGCCUCCGCCAACGGCGAUGGCGACGGCUCGCUGUCUGUGUACGAUGCAAUCCAAGAAUUCAACUUUCCGAUGGGUCUGCUCCCGAAGGGCGUCACCGGAUACGAGCUCGACAAUGGCAACGGCCGAUUCCUCGCGUAUUUGAACGGCUCCUGCAGCUUCUCGCUGGAAGGCUCGUACCAGCUCAAGUACAAGUCCACCAUUACCGGCACAAUCUCCCCGAACAAGCUCUCCUCGCUGACCGGGGUCAGCGUCAAGGUCCUGUUCCUGUGGCUCGACAUCGUCGAGGUCACCCGGAGAGGUGACAACCUCGAGUUCUCGGUGGGGAUAGCGUCGGCGGCGUUUCCAAUCGACAAUUUUUACGAGUGCCCGCAGUGCGGGUGCGGGUUGGAUUGCUUCAAUGGCGGACAAGUAAGGAAGAUUAAAAUGCCUCUUGUUUCUUCGGUUUGAAAUGGGAAUUGGGGCUGUAGAGGAGGGAGGAUUUUAGGGAUUUGGAAUUACGGGUAGUGUUCAGUGUUGGUUCACACCUUGAUUUCUUGAAGAUUAUGAAUUUUAUGCUUUUCAAUAAUUUUCGUUUAUGCGUUUGUGACAUGUUUUGUUGUGGACAAUUAAUGAUUUAAUGAUAAUGUAUGUUCAAUCGGCUCAAGUGAAGGAAAAAAUGCAGUUAUGUUUGAUUAA